AUGCCACAUUUGACGUCGACAUCGAUACCUGGGCGCUUCCCUAUCAUCUGCAUUGUGAGGCAUGCGGAGCGGUUAGAUCAGUAUGACAGGAAUUGGUCAAAGACAGCAGAGAGGCCGUAUGACACGCCUCUGACGAAGGGAGGCAUUGCUCAAGCUGCGGCUACUGGUCGCUUCAUUCGCAGUUGGUUGCACGAUAAGAAGGAAACUGCGCGUCGCAGGACGGUGCUUGUGGAGGAUGAAGAGGAUGAAGACGACGACCGCAAUGUUUGGGUGCCCAACGUUGUUAUACAUACUUCGCCUUUCCUGCGUUGUAUGGAGACAGCUACAGCACUCGCAAACCAGUUAUACAGAGCGCCAUCACGCUCGGGUAUGGUAAACAGAAUAAACAGAGAUGCCAGUGAAGUGGAGGCUGCGACAUAUUCUCGUAUCCGCAUUGACGACUAUCUAGGAGAAUGGCUCAACCCGGUCUACUUCUCAGAACUGAAAGAACCACCGCCAAGCACUCUACUGCCCGUGGAACUAUCGCCAAACAUUGACGCGACGUGGGACAGGGCUUUUUUCAGUGAAGCAGGAACAUACCCGGAAGAAUGGGAGAGUCUCGAACUGCGUUUGCGUGCAGGACUACGAGAGCUCUUGCUUUACUACAGUUCACAACCCGACAUGCCUGAUGCUGUUGUUCUCAUCACACAUGCUGCACCACACGCCGCUCUGUUGCAUUCCUUGAGCGGAUACCCAGUCUUGCAGACACCAGCCAUCUCAUCCCUGACAAUGGCAGUACCAACACCGACGACAAAGGUCGACUUGAAAGGUCUUGGUGCAUGGGACUUUAAACUACAAGCAUCUACGGCUCAUCUGAAAGCGGCCAACUUUGCCGGAACAGGCGGAGGGUUUCAUCGAACGCAGAGUUUGCAUGCGGUUCCGAGUGUGAAACCAGAUGGACCUGGGCUGUGGAGACCUGGUGGUAGCGGUAGCACGACGCCAAGGACAUCUAUUUCUGCUUCUGUCGGUCGCAGCUUCUUGUCUCACCACAGUGGAAGACGCGCUGGUUCGCUCUGGGCAAGCACGUCCUCAUUGUCGUCCAUGGACGGCACUAACCAACCAUCCCUUCCACGUCCCAAGUCACCUCCCCGAACCAGAUCACCACAGCGUCCGCGUUCACCACAGACGGCACGGAAACCCGCCCUGGCAUCCAUCAAGCAGGAAAAAGAACCACGUACGCCCACCUCUACUACGCCUGCCCCGAUCAUCACCGACGGCAUCAAAGGAGUACACAUCCAAGACAUCCUCAUUUCACCCACAACCAUCGAGCCGCCACCCCUAUUCUUCGCAUCCCGUGUCCCCACACCAAACGAAGACCAGCCCAAGAAACCACCAAUUAGGAAGAACAGUAUGCCACCUGAACUCAGCAAGAUCGUCGAUGGCGAAGGUGCUGGGAAAGUCAAGGAGAUGUGGCAGCAGUGGGUUGUUGAGCAGCAGUUGGCUGUUGGUGAGGUACCUCGUGAGCAGGGUAUCCGAGGAAGGAGAUGGACCAUGGCGUCGCCAUGCGAGAAGAAAUAA